AUGGAUGAUGAUACGGAUCUUUACUUGGCAUCAGAUAAAGAAAAUGAAAUAGAAAUAUCGGAAGAAUCUGAACCGGAAGCAGCAACCGAAAAAUCUUUUUGUUCUACUAUAAAGUCAACCACAGAAGCCAAAGAAAAAAAUAAUUCGUCAUCAAAAACUAAACGUCUUUGUGUUUUUAAGAAACAAUGGAUAAAAGAUCCGAAAUAUGCAGGUUUUCUUCAGGAAUCACGUUCGAUGAAUGAUUUUGUAACUGCAUCAAGUGUUUUAACAAAACUAACUGCUCCUGAACUUGCUUUCGUAUAUCACGGUGUACAUCAUGGACAUAGUUAUGUUAGUCAAUCAUGGACAUAG